UGAUAGCAGGCCUUGCUCGAUAAAGUUACAGACGCCUUAUCUGCAGGAAAUUAUUAGCAUCAUCUCUACUGUCAAGGCUCUUCUUAGAGGCAACACAAACAGGGGAAAGCUCCUCCGGUGUUUCUGCACCACACGGCAUCACCAUAAUGCCGGGACUCGGGAAUGAUUCGGAAUGCUGCCAAAAAAUGCCCUACAAGGAGAGCCAGACGCUGUUGGCUGUGAUCUACUAUAUUGUUAUUAUCAUAGGCUUGCCAACUAAUAUUAUAACGAUGUGUCUAACCAUUGUACUAAUCCUAAAGGAAAACAUUCUCGCUGUCUACCUUUUUGGCUUAUCACUGAGCGAGGUGAUGUACUUGUGUACCCUGCCCCUCUGGAUUAUCUAUGUACAAAAUGGACACAUAUGGGAGAUGGGACCACUGGCUUGCAAGAUAACAGGAUAUAUCUUUUUCUGCAACGUAUAUAUCAGUAUUCUGCUCUUGUGCUGCAUUUCUGUCGAUCGCUAUGUAGGAGUGGUGUAUUCUUUGGAAUCCAAGGGGGUGAGGGGUCAGAAAAUUGCAGGGCUCAUCACGUUUAUUCUCUUUUCUGUAGUUUUAGUGGUCCACAUCCCAGUAUUUGUUUUACCCGAUAACAAAAACUGUACAACCUGCUUUGAGACUCUACCACUCAACUUGACGUUUGCUUCUUUCGGCUUUGCCAGGUUCCUAAUUGGAUUUGCUAUUCCUUGCAUAAUCCUCAUUUUCACAAACUACAAAAUUUUCCAAAUCAUCAAAAUAAGCUGCAGCUUGAACGAGCCCCAAAAAACCAAAGCAAAGCACUUAGCUGCUGCGGCCAUCGCCAUUUUUCUGAUCUGCUUUGCUCCCUAUCAUCUGGUGCUUCUAAUAAGAGCCAUUUACUUUUUUUUGUAUCAGAAUGACACAUGUUCAUUUGAACGUGGCAUAUAUUCAACUUCUGCUAUAUUUCUGUGUUUCUCCACUGCUAACAGCAUUGCUGAUCCAAUCAUCUAUGUAUUGGCUAGUAAGAAUAGUAGAGAUUUCUCAAGGAGUCUGUCAUUAAGGGUUCAGUCUAGUCUCAGUAGCAGGAGUGACAGUACCAAGUUGAAAAAUUCCAAAGAAUCACAGGAACCAGUACAGACAUCAGAAAUUUAAAAGGUCACAGUAAUCUCCACCCUUUUAGAGAAACUAUAGAGGUUUCUGCCAUCAACAAUGCUUUAGUGCGGGAUCUGCUGGCAGUGGUUAUCAUGUUCACAAAAGGAGAUGGAGAUCCCCUGUUUAGGGCACCAUCACAUGGGCAUAUUGGCACGACGUCUUAAUGAAGCUUUGUCACAAUGCAUGUCCCCAAUGCUAAGUUCCUGAAGGUUAUGAAGGAGGAGAUCUAACACCCAUUAGAAGAAAGGUCGUCUGUCUGCCUCUUUAACUUAUUUCAACCACUGUCCACCAGUAUUUUCAUUCUAAACCAGCCAGCAGUAUGUACUGGCUUCCUUCAAGUCAAACUAAAACUUGAUAGACUUAUUCUCAGGGCUCAAUCCUUUUCUCAUACGCUUUCAGUGCCAAUGUUAGCUUCUAAGGGGGCUCUGUAGUUAUCAUGGAGGAGUAUUUCAGGGCUUGCAUGCGUGCAGAAGUAGUUGAGGUUAAACACUGGAAACAGACCCAAAUUAAAGCCCUGAAAAUAAUGUCUAAUAAAUGUUAGACAUUAGAUAUAAUUUACCAGAUAUCAUCGGGAAAGGCCGCAAUCAAGAAGAAUUAAGUGUUAAGUAUUACUGUAAGUGACCAGCUUAGAGCAUAAAAAUAAAGACUUUGCAUCAAGACUUUGCUGGUCUGGAAUUCAGCAUAUUUCAUUGCUGAUGCUUUGUUUGUUCAAAUCUUGUACUGUACUUAAUCUUGCAAUGCACUUAGCAUCUAGUACAUUUAUGUUUUCUAGUAAAUGGGAUUGUAAUGGGGCGUAGUGGCCGCCCACUGACCCCGAGGGUGAGGAGCCCUAGCAACCUACCUCACCAGAAGCCAGGAGACGGGGUGAGGGAUACAAAAGGCCUGCCAGAGAGGCCAGGCAAGCCCCCAUAACCAGAGAAGUCAGAAGCCUCCCCUGCGCACCCAAGCAAGGAGCUAGACCCAGGGGAAGCCCAGGACUGGCCUGGGCUAUUGGGCCCACUACUAGAUGACUUCCUGGAGAGUCUGUUUUACCCAGCCAGAGGUUCCUGAACAACAGUGCCCAGAGAACUUGCACUGGACCCAGGUACAGCCCGAGGGGAGAAACGGAAAGAGCACAGGGAGGCCGACCUUCGUUUUGCUAGAACCAGGUCAGCAUGUUGCAGAACGGAUCCCCGCUGACUCAGCAGCAGACCACUUGGCUGCAACUAGGGCCUUGGGCUGGGAGUAGAGUGGAUGGGCCUGUUUCCCCCUUGAAACCCUGCUUUUGGGUGGCAGUCUCCCCCCUCUGCUGUUGCAUCAGCCGGACCCCUGCCUGAGCAAGGGGACCUGGUUGGAGAAGCUGUGAACAGGACUUGAAUUGAUUGUUUUCCUGUUGCCCUGCCCUGAACCAGGACUUGGGCCCUAAAACUGUUUUCCUGCCACUCCACUCUGAACCAGGGACUGGGCAUUGAACUGACCGUUUGGCUGCCUGUCACUCUGCCCUGAACUAGGAUCCGGCCUGAGGACGGUCUUGGGGGCUAUUGUCACCCUGCCCUGAACGAGGGCCAGUGCUCAAAGACUUUUGUUACAGACUGCGUGUGGGUCUCUGGACUACUCUCAUGGAUUGGCAGCCACACCUGAUUCCCCAUGAGAACUGAGCGGAGUAUAGUGGAAUGGAGUGGCUACCUACUGACCCCAAGGGAGAGGAGCCCCUCCCUGAGUCCCACUGGCCUACAGAGAUGGUGACUGUUUUUGAUGAUACCUCCACAGUUUGUAUGAACUUGAACUUUUCUCAGGGUUUGGCUUGGCCUCAGUCCCUUGCAAAUAGAUCUGCAGUGUCUAAGUUGUGAGCUGAUCCUUCAAUAUUAGUGUUUGGUCCAGAUCCUAGCAAAUAAAGUAUUGAGACAGGAAGACUGAUCUGCCUUCUGACACAUGUUAAGAGUUCUCCGUCCUGAGCCUGGUGGUGGUGUAUUGGUGAGGAAAUGUUGAUGCACUUUCAUUACUGCUGGCUAUACUGUGCCUGUGAAUAAAUGAGAUAUGUAGUGUAGGGAUGUUAGAUAUCAGGUAAUUGAA